AUGCAUGGAAAUAAUAAGUCGUUUUCUAUCGAAUAUUUGAUAGCUGGAAAAUCUUCACCACCAUCAUCACCAAUUCCACUCGUCUCAUCAUCAUCAUCAUCAUCACCAUCUCAAACAUCAUCAACAACAUUUCAACAGAUACCAUUUGAAUUAAAACGUAUGCGUACAGCAUUUACUAGUAUACAAUUACUUGAAUUAGAACGAGAAUUUGCAUCAAGUAUGUAUUUAUCACGUUUACGUCGAAUUGAAAUUGCUGCAUGUCUUGGUUUAACUGAAAAACAAGUUAAAAUUUGGUUUCAAAAUCGUCGUGUAAAAUUUAAAAAAGAAGGAACAAUAACUACUUGUGAUAAGAAAAAUUCAGUGAAAGUAUUACGAACAUGUCAUACAAAUCAACAUAAACGAUCAAAUGAACUUUGUAAUGAUAGUCAAUAA